CUUUCAGUCCGUCUAGUACACAGGAUAGCGGCACUCAUGGGUACUCACAGAAGCACAGUAGCGAUUUCUACCACCGUUUAGCACCACAGAAGGUGCGACAUUUAUUCCGGGCACGUACCUGCCAGCGGACAGUCCUGAAGCCCCCAGGAAUCUCGCGCUCUAGUAGAGUGAGAGCGGAGCGCGCGCGCGGCACGGACCGCAGUGGAAUGUAGCGGGGAUUCCCGGCGCGCGGGGCAAGAGCUGUCAGUCAUUCAUCAACGCCACAAGAAAACACCCGAGUAGGUGGAGCAUGCCCAGUGGGAGCGGUUGGCAUUACUAUGCCUGAAGGCACGUGGCGAUGGUGUCCAUGGAGACAGAUGGCAGCUUCACCGGGGGCCACGGUCUGUCCCUAUUACAGGCUGAAGAUGGCGUGGGGGCCGGGCUCGCACAGCAAGAGGGCUCGUGGCUCGGCUUCCGGGCGACUGUAAGUGCUGUGCUGCUGCUGGAGCUGCUCCUCGGGGUGGGCGGCAAUCUGACCGUGCUGGUGUUAUACUGUGGUCACUGUAGCCUGCUGGAGUCUGUCAGCCAUGCGGUCACUCUCAGCCUGCACACUCUUGACCUGCUGCUCUGUCUCCUCUGCCUACCCAUCACUGCCACGCUCCUCAUACUGGGUGGAGCCUCGGUUCCACACCACGCCCUCCUCUGCUGUCUCCACGAAUCAGCAGCCAGCUUCGCCAGCGUGGGCACCGCACUCAACCUGCUGCUUAUCAGUUUAGAUCGCUAUGACAUCAGCGUCCGACCAGCCAAUCGCCUGCUGACGCCUCGAAGGGCAGCUGUUUUACUUGUGGCAGUGUGGGCGCUUUCUCUAGCUGUGCCACUUCUUCCAUUCGUGGAGGCAGGGUUUGUGUCAGGGCAAGGCGAGGGGGUGUUUGUGCACACAAAUGGCACUGUGCUUUGUUCGGAGUGGGGGGGAACUCUACAGGCUCAUCUGUUACUGCAGGUUCCUGUGUUCCUGUGCUCUCUUGCUGUGAUGCUAUUUACAUACUCACGAAUUCUUCAGACACUGCGCAUCCGCAUUGGACGCACACCCAGGCCACAUCGAGACAGCAAACGGCCUGCACAUCGCCUCUGGUUGCGUCGUAAAAGGUCAACAAGGUCACCCGAUCACAUGACAAGGAAUACGCCCACAUCGCCACCACCACUCUCAACUGGGCCACUUAUCAUCGCAGAUACAGUUACCACUGUAACAAUCAACACUGAGACCAACACUCCUUCGCUCACCACGCCACUUAGCCCCACCCCUACGGUGUCUGUCAUAACCUCACCUUUAAGCCCCACCCCCACUGCAUCAAUGACCCCUUUGAGUCCCACCACAUCACUGUCUGUAAUAACUAGCCCGAAUAUCGCUACUCCUGCGUCCACGCCUUUGAGUCCCAUGCCCACUGUGUCUACAGUAACCACUCAAGUAAGUCCUGCCCCCGUCCAGGGUCCAUCCAGCAUGGGAGUGGGUGCGUCAGUGUCAGCCAUUUUAGCUCUGCGCCGAGCAGUUCGGCGCCACCGGGAUCGACGGGAACGUCAAAGGCGAGUCUUUCGCAUGUCUGUCAUCAUCAUUCUCUCGUUUCUCCUAUGCUGGGCGCCACUCUCUAUAAUGCCCAUUCUCAUGCUGGCAAUCGGGCCGUCUGAUUGGCUGGAACGCCUGAGACUUUGCUUCCUAGUGCUCGCUUAUUGGACGGUAGUGCUACAUCCGCUGCUGUACGCGUUUACGAGGCAAAAACUGCGCAAAGUUCUGCAUACCCGUCUGCGCAGGCUGAGGCCGCAAAACGUACAGACUCGUAUUCGCACGAAUACCAGGAUCCAUCGCAAGCACGGGGCAAAUUGCAGCGAUGCUACUGAGCGCUGCCUGACGGAGGCUGUUAGAGAGUGAGUGUUUGUGUGUCUGGGACUUAUAACUAGGCUCAGACAGAAUCUGAGUGUGCGUUCCCUUGGGUGAACCCUCUGUGCAUUUAUUAAAUGUUUUGGGGGAUUUAAUUAUGGUUUCAGAUGCUAGUAUGAUUGAUUUCUGCUCCAUUUAGCAUAUUUUACUAUAUUUAAAUCAAGGCUGUAGCCAUUUUUUGAACACUAGAUAGGACCAAAGGAGUUUUUUGGGGGGAGGGAUUAAGUAAUUAAGGCAAUUAAGUGGAAUAAAGAAAAAUUAAGAAAAACAGAAGGGUCCAGAUAUGUUGGUAACAAUCAGUUUGCACAUAUGCACACAUUCACUGUUAGUUGUCCAUCUAAUAUGCUGAAUAGUGCUUCGUUAAUGUUUUUGUCUUGUAACAUUUAGCUUUGACUUACAUGAUUCAUGUAAAUGAUUGUAAAAAUCCAUAGAUGAGCCUUUAUUUUCAAUUCAAAGACAAUUAAAAAGGGGUAGGGAUGGGACAAGAGUUAUGGAUUAUAUUGCCAAACAAUUCUUGAAAUGUAAAUGUUUAGCUACUUAUUUACCAUUAAAGCCAAAAGCUGCGGUCACACUGCACUUUUCUCCCCAUAGACUUCUAUUCAUACGCACGCGAAUGCGUCAGACCAGGAACGCAAGGUCAUGCAACAAGUUUCACAGUUCGUUGUGAAAUCGCAUCACUUGACUGCGUGAGACCAACUGAUGAUCAAAACAUGCCCUGUAUGAACAGAAAUUUAAAAUAUGGACCAAUCGCUCGCUUUUUUUUAAUGUCUAAUGUCUUGUUUAAUCCCGCCCCUUUUUGCAGUGCCGUACUACAGAAUUUAGCAAGCUCAAACUUUAGUGUGACCGCGGCAAAAGCAUCACAGCUACAUUUAAACCACCUGUGGAAUCCUGUAUAGCCUGCAUUCUUCACUUUAUAUGGCCGUCUUAAUUUUUUUAUCAAACCACCAACCAAUGUGUUAGCGGUGUGUAUUAAAGUGCACUAGAGCAGUGUUUCUCAACCACGUUCCUGGAGGACCUCCAACUCUGCAGGUUUUGGAUGUCUCCUUUGUCUGUGUUACCCAUUUCAGGUGUUUCAGUCUCUGCUUAGGAGCUGAUGAUCUAAAUCAGGUGUGCUUGGUUAAGGAGACAUGGAAGAUGUGCAGAGCUGGUGGGCCUCCAGGAAUGUGGUUGAGAAACACUGCACUAGAGCAACAUCAAGAAUAUCAAAUAUUGGGUGAGAGGGUCAAUUUAAACAUAUCUAAUUAUUGGGUGAGGGGGGCUGUCGAUAAAAUCAAUUUAAAGUAUUUGCAGAAAAUGUCAAAGUCAGCAGAUUCCGCCUGGGCCUAUUUAUGACUGUACGUACAAGGUAAAGUAUGUGCAGGAACCCAUUUAAAGUGUUAGAUGUAUUAGAUGAUAUGUGUGACUUGCUCACCUCUAUAAAGGAAAUUAAAAGAUGUUGGUAGGCCUCUCUUUUGUCCAUGAGUGUGUAUUAUCAUUGGCAAACUAAUCAGCACAGGGUUUCUAAAGCACACUGAACUCUGAGGUCAAUAGGCCGCUGUCUAAUUAACCAGUAGAGCACAAAUAUUCUCAUGGUGCUAGAGGAUUAAAGAGCGAGACCCAGAGAGCGAAUCUACAUGUGUGAGUCUGCAAGAGGUCAUGUGCAAUAAACUCCAAAUCCAGGUUAUGCAUCGCAUGAUUUCCAUCACAAUUAAUACCAAUCUAUCGGCUUUCAUCGUGUGGUGUAAAAGUAACCAUCCACCAGUACACAUACAUUUGCACAUAUUUUCCAGUGUCCUUCUCACUGAUAGUCUAGAGGGCAAUAGAUUUAUCAUAGUGUUUAUUAAUGUAUAUGAUCAGGGAUGUAAAUAGUCAGUGAUAUUUCUGUGGUUUGAAACUGCAGCUGAUUUCAAUUCUGCUCUACCAAGGGCAUGCGUACUGGUUCGAUCAGUUUCUGAAGAUAUUGACACUGAAACCACUUUUUCAAAGCUGAAAUUAAUUUAUUUUGUGUCCCAUAUAUGUAUAUAUCUUGUCAGUGUUGUACAUUAUUUCACUUUGAGGUGGUAAUUGUAUUCUUUUACA